CGCCGCCACCAGCGGGCCGUGCCGGGGCGUCGCGUGUCCGCUGGCGGCCGCCGUAGCGGAGCGGGCAGGGCGGCGCUGCGAUGGCGGCCGGGCCGCCCGUGCUCCUGGGGCUCCGCGACGCCGCCAUGGUGGGGCCGUGCCGAGGAGGCGGGCGGGCCCCCGCCUGGGCCACCAGCAAGCUGGGCGGCUCCGCGGACUGGGUGCCCGCCGUGCGCCCGGGCUCUCCCUGCUGCGGGGAGUGCGGGAGGGCGCUGGCGCACCUGGUGCAGGUGUACUGCCCGCUGGAGGGGUCCCCCUUCCACCGCGUCGUCAACGUCUUCGCGUGUGCCGGGAAGGGGUGCUGGGGAGCGCCCCGCAGCUGGAAGGUACUGCGCUCCCAGUAUCUGCAAACAGGAGGAAAGGAGACAGGCGAUGACAGCGUAAAACAGAAACAAGAAUCGAACUUUGCUGCAAAGGAUUGGUGUGAUGAAGCAGAUGAUUGGGGAGUCUGUGAUGGAGCAGAAUCUCCUGCAUCUGCCUCCCUUCAGCUGCUUGGCUUAAAUGAAGCUGUGAGCAGCUCCUUGUCCAGAGAGGUGGAGUGUGCAUCCCAGUUCCAACAGCUUCGCUUGUCUGAAGCUACUGAUGGGUCAGAUUCCCUGAAUACACAUCCUCCAGUCAGUGGGGGAAUAGUAAUGGCAACGUCUAGUUCAGCUCCUGUGUUCCAGCCCUUUUACAUUAGUGUUGUGGAUGAGGAAGACUACACUGGUUUCCUUGAUACAGAUUAUGCAGAUAAGCUAUUGAAGGAGUAUCAGCAGAGGGAAGGUGUCAGUUUGGAACAGUUGAUGUCAGAAAGUUUUGCAGGAGAAGGUGGUAAUGAAAAAUAUGAGAAGAGUGAAGUCAAAAGCAGGGACCACACAUUCCAUAAAUUUAUGAAAAGAAUAUCAGCGUGUCAUGAACAGAUUCUAAGAUACUCUUGGGGUGGCCAGCCUUUAUUCAUAACGUGUCCUCCAGCCAACAUUGACAAAGGUAUUCCAGCCUGCAGUAACUGUGGAAGCAACAGAAUAUUUGAAUUUCAACUCAUGCCAGCGCUGGUCAGCAUGCUCCAGAGUGAUUCAGAUCUGUCAGUGGAAUUUGGAACUGUUAUAGUUUACACAUGUGAGAGAAGCUGUUGGCCAACAAAUCAUCAAACCCCUCUUGAAGAAUUUAUUUUUGUACAAGAAGACCCAGAUCAGAGAUUAUUUAAAUAAUAAAUUGUAUUUCUCCGCAUA